GCGUGGCUGGUAUAAAAUGUUCCCUCACUCACCCGCACACUCGUUCGUUCACCGACUAUAUGCAUCCUUCGCUCAGGAAUUACUAUGCUCAACUGCACGUACCAAACCUCAUCACCUACCCAUCGACCGAUCAUACCUCCGGAGAAAAGUGAUCCGUAGCAACUGUGAGUUUUCCAGACAACAUCAGUCUCCGGAGUCGCUCAUAUUGGCGUAUCGGUAACGGACACAGCCUAAUCAGGUUUGUUCCAGCACACCAAGCGGUAGUGACGUAAUCAUGACGUUCCGGAUCAGGGACCAUCUGGCCUUGAGCAAUGUCUGUCUACGUCACCCAGAACCGGCAGACUUGACAUCCUGUAAGUGUAAAUGUCCGACGUUCUACCUCGUCUGGCGUAUAUUUUGGGCCAUUUACCACAGUAGCUGGCUGAUAGCUAACCUCGUUAAUGCCUCACAGAGAGGUGGUGGUGAGGGGGUCAGCAAAUGGUUUAUCUACCUCAGCAACUGGAUGUACCUUGUGCUCACUCUGCAUUCCUUACUAGACGCCGUUCUUGUCUUCAGGGCGAACUGCGCCAAGAGGGUAGCUCUCUCUCGAGACUCCCGUCUGCCGUGGUAUCUACAACUGAGCUGGUUGCUGUAUAAUCUGAUGGUUACCGGGGGAAUCAUGAUCUGUCUCUGGUACUGGAGCAUGGUGCAUCGUGGAAGAGAGAUAACUGCGAUACGCUUCAACACGCACGCAGUUGCUGCCCUUUACGUUCUCCUCAACAUAAUUGUGACCAAACACCCAAUGCGGCUGCUGCACUUUGUGUACCCUGUGACCUUCGGCCUCCUGUACACAGGCUUCAGCGUCAUCUACUACGCCGCUGGCGGGACCACCUACUCCGGGAAGACAAGGAUCUACUCAGUUCUGGACUGGAACAAGCCUGGAAGGACUAUGGCCAUCUCGUCUCUGAGUAACUUCAUCUUCAUCCCCAUCGUGCAUGUGUCGCUGUGGGCGCUCAGUUUGCUACUGCAGAGGGCUCAUGAGAGACUCAGGAACCGAAACCUCGUCUACGAUAACGGGUUGACAUUUUCUCAGAAGAUUGACGAUGUUGGAAGUGAUGACGAUAUUGAGAAAAGCUAAACGAUGUCAUAAAUAAUGUGUUUCUUUACAAAGACAAAUUUAUACGUGUCUCUUCCGCACUCUUCCUCGGUGUCAAAAUGCAAGAGCAGCGGUACCUGAAAGCUUCCCAAAGACAAUGGUUUGACCUCUGCCUUCAAAGUUGACGGUAUCGGUUCUGCUAAUGACGUUUAAAGAAAAGAACCAGUUGUGCAUGUCUAUAUUGCUUUAAGCUUACAUUCGCUAAAUGUGUCCUUUUGUCCCUUUAAAGUUUCAGGUGAAGAGAUUUGGAGACUGGGCCAAUGGUCUACGAGGUUUACUGUGGACAUUAAGGAUACCGAUAAUAAUGAUGGUACGAAAAAAAGAUAACUUACGUAUACCUAUAUUGUGUAUAGACCAUAGUAUGUUAUAUUGUCAUUAUUUGUCUCUCCAAAAUCCUGUUUGAGCAUGAAAUGAGAAACCUCAAAACUGGUAUAUGUCAGAGAUGUUUGACUUCGGGCCGAAAAAGGAUUGGCCCCACUGGAGUGGAUGCAGCUGCUUUCACUGAGUAAACUCUCACUGAUGUGUGCACGACACCGUGCUCUUGUACAGAUGUGAUUUAUUGGACACUAAUGGUUAUAAUGUCCAGAACUAGGCCAAUGCCAUAGCUCUUCUGCUUAGAGGAUGUUAAUAUCGUUUGUGAUGAAGACAUCGAGGAGAGACAACUCAUGAUUUUUAACAUCUUACUUUAUUGAUGAAUCGCUCUCACUGCUAGAAUCUUUGUUGCUGGGAAAUGAACAUUCGAGGGGAAAGAUAACUUUCGGUCACCAUGAAGAACUUUUUGGUGCAUGUUAUUUUCUUUAUGUUAGAUUCCUGUUAAAAACCAUGUUCAACCCUAUCUGUUUACACCUGUACAAUUAAUGUAUUGAACCUAUGAAUUACAUGUUUUGAAUGACAACAUCAUUCUUAAAGUUAGCAUUUCUCCCUAGAAAAAAACAUUCUAAGAAAAGAACGGAUCUUCUCACCAAUGCAAAUGAAGACGGUUCAGAAAUCUCAACCAGAGAACUGCUCUUUAAUAGCGAACGGAUAGUGCCAAGAUGCGUACAAGUUUGCUUCAAAUCUGAGUGAGGUCCCGACCUGUCUUGUACUUCCUACGAUGUUUUAAACGUCACUCAAUCUUGUCUUGGCGGUGCUUCUUGUCGUAAUUUGAUAAGUACAAAACAGACAGCGGAACGUUGCUUCACACAGAUGUAUUUUUUCCUGACAAUUAGAUUAACUAUAUGACAGGUAACUUUACGAAAUACUAUUAGUAGAUUACUACAACAAAGUGCAUUCUUACAAGUCAUUAUCAUUUUGAUAUUACUACGUAAUAAACGUGGUGUUUUACUUGUUCGAGGCCUACCUCAGUAACUAAGGAACAAAUUAGUGUGCCGUUUAUUUUAUUUAUUGUGUUCUGUUUGUUUUAUUUAUAACAAAACAACCUCAACGGAUGCAAUGUGUUUGCACUGCACUUCACUUUUGUCGUUUUGUUUUCCCCAAUCAUCAUAACAAGUUUUGCAAACAGCCCAAGGAAAAGAAUGACAAAAGAUUGCCCUUUGUGGAAUCUGCAGUGAUAAAGUAGAAAAGGCUGGGUUUGCGUUAGAUUGUUUGAAAGUGCCAUACUGUAGAACACAACAUUUGGCAGCACUUUUAUUGCAUUUAUUUAUGUGACAAAUUUUACCCACUUUUUUUCAAUUUAUUGUAUUUUUUAAAGAGAAAACGGAGGAGAAAGAAGGUUUCAUGCUUCAUUCUUAUUAUGUUAUUACCUGUUAUAAAUUAUCAUGGGCUUUUUGAAAGUCAGGUACUCACUCGUCCAAGCCUUUAAAAAUCCUUAGGAAAACUUAGUAAUUGAAAUCGAGACAAAGACAAUAAUAAAGAAUAUGUGGAAGGUCAUAGAUUUAGA